AAAGGUUCUGUAAUGUUCCAACGCUUCAUGACUGCCUUUUACUUUUUAAUAAAGAGUAGAAUCACUUCUGGAUGGGCGUUUGUGCUUCCUGUAGAUAGGCUGGUUCAACACAACUGCAGGAUGGCCGAAUGGGACUAYGACUAUCUGAUCAAGUUGCUGGCCCUCGGAGACUCGGGGGUGGGAAAGACCACCUUCCUCUACAGGUACACGGACAACAAGUUCAACCGAAAGUUCACGACCACGGUGGGCAUCGACUUCAGGGAGAAGAGAGUGGUGUACACGGGGACCAGUGCUGACGGGUCAGGUGAGAGGAACUUCAGAGUCCACCUUCAGCUCUGGGACACGGCAGGACAAGAGAGGUUCCGCAGCCUCACCACAGCUUUCUUCCGAGAUGCGAUGGGCUUCCUGUUGAUGUUUGACCUGACCAAUCAGCAGAGUUUCCUCAACGUCAGGAACUGGAUGAGUCAGCUACAGGCCAACGCCUACUGCGAUAACCCAGAUGUGGUUCUGGUGGGCACCAAGGCCGACCUGAAAGACAUGAGGGACGUUCACGUCAAACAGGCCAGAGACCUGGCUGAUAGAUACGGGAUCCCUUACUUCGAGACGAGUGCUGUGACGGGGGUCGACGUGGAUGCAUCAGUGACCACCUUACUGAACUUGGUGAUGAAGAGGAUGGAGAGGAGCGCAUACGGGGCGCAAGUCUCCGAGCCGAACGGGAGCCCCACUGCCAGCCAUGAGUUGGAGGAGGCCCCCGUCAGGAGGUGGUGCUCCUGCUGACUUUAACACCAUGGAGAAACAAAGACUGUAAAUAGUGCCUGAGUUUACAUUAACGGGCAAAUAUAUGAUCUUUAUUAUUCCAUGAAGCAAAUUAUUGUUAAAGUUAAAAUGGUGGAGUUAUGGCUGUUGUGUAAAUAAACCAGUAAAAAUCAUUUAUGUAA